CGCUGUGCCAGUGUUGAUUUUCAAAUAGAGGUAUUUUCAUUUUCUCAUCCUGUUUUAUUUGUACCUUGAUAUUGAAAUGUACUGUUUCGAUUGAGAUCCGCAUUUUCUGAUUACCUCAGUGGCAUUGAGGUGAUCAAAUCUGAUACGUAUUUUAGUUGAUGUUAGAACCGAAUUAUACGAAUAGGAAAUAGGUUAGACAUGUCAGAUGAUGAAAGCUGCUUGUCCGAAGAUGAAAGUGAAGUAUUAGUUUACGUCGAAUGUGAGGGAUACGUUGACGGCAGCGUAUUUAAAAAUGAAAAACUUCAACUCGAUAUUAUCGGUGUUGACUCAGACCAUCCGAUCAUGCAAAUCAACGGAAAGUUUUAUGAAGGCACGUAUCACGAUGCGGUGGGAACUUACAUGUUCUUUGAAAAAGAUGAAGCACCGGUUGUAGAUGAUCCUGCCUUUGAAACACCCGCAACAUUGAAAUAUUUUGCCAAAACUAGGAAGCUGUUGAAAAUGGAAAGGGUAUUCACCAUGCAACGAACUGAGGUCUUAGGAGACUCGGAUCAUUUGUAUUGCCUGCCUAAUAUAAGUACUAUCAAAGAGGCUGGUGUUCCAUCAAAGUACCAAGACGAUGCUCUUCAAUUCUGGGAGAAGAUGCGCGAAGAUAGAAUGGAAGCAUUAAAAAUUUACUUAGAAAAGCAACAAAUCAGGGAUGAAAAACGGUUAAAAGGAAUUGAACUUGACUCAGAAUCAGAUGAUGAUAAUCCGUUCGCUAUUUAUAAGUCAAAAACGAUCGAAGGCACAAACAAUGCACCUUCGCAAUCCAAGUCUCAGAAUACCACCUUAAACAUUGCUGCACAUAUCUCUGAGUCCGAAGAUAUUGAUAUUUCAAAUAUAUUGAAUAAAGUAAUGAAAUUAGACUCAAGUGUAGACACAGCUGAAGAAAGUUGGAAGAUAAAACCUGGUGAAAAGUUGACGGUAAUAGAUCCUGGCCCUUCAACAUCUAAACACACUCAUCUUGACAUGCCUUUGUUGGCUUCAAUGAAAAAAAAGAAAUCGUCAACCAAAGCAAUGUCGAAAUCAAAGUCAAAAGUUGUGUUUAAAAAACCGAACAAAAGAGCGCCGAAAUCAAAAAAGUCUCAAACAAUGAUCCAUAGUUCAGAUGAAACGAGUAAAGUUAGUUCAUUAGUAGUAGAGUCGGACAGUGACGAAAUUCGAGUUACAGGUAAACUGGAGGUAUCGCACAAAAAGGAUAAUAGUGAUGAAAACACUUCAGGAGCAGCUGAUGAAUCAAGUAUGAGUAGAAAGUUGGUUAAUUCAAUGUCAAAGAGAUUAGAAAAACAAGCAAAACGUGAAGCUAAAAUGAAAGAAAUUUCAAGGAGGCUCAAGGCACACAAAGAUGAGUUCCUCAAGUCCCAGCAUCAUGUUAAUGCACCUCAAGAUUCGGGAAACAACACGUAUUAAAAUAGCGUUCAUCACUGUCAUAUAAUGUUAUCAUGACAAUUUAAAAAUCAAUCAUCAUUGCACUCGGACUUGCAAAAGUAAAGUGCUCAGCAAAUGAACAUGUUAUGAGUUGAAAGAAUUUGGAAAGUGGAUUUUGAUGAAGCUGUGAAUACGUCGAUUGAAAUGGUAUUAAACAUUGUUUGAGAAAUAUUUCAUAACGAAAAUCUGAAUUAGAAAGUAAUACGAUGUAGAAGUUCCUUUGUAACCAAUUAUUCUGACUAUCGCAUUCCACAAGUAAUAGAUAAAUGCGUCGGUAUCAAUCCUAUUCGUUCAUCAUUGACUCAAAUUAAACUCGCUCUCUAUAUUUUAUUCUUGCAAUUGAUGCUGGACAAUUUCUUGUCAGACACAUAGUUAAUAAUUAUACCUAUUUUUCAAUAGACGGCGUACAAUAUUUUGGUGCGCAUUAACCAGUAUAAGAGUGAAAAUAUUUUAUUUGGACAAGAAUCAUAAUAUCGUUAACAAAUGACGUAAUAUAUUUUUUCAUUUUUGUAAUAUACAAAUUGAUAUGGAGUACAAAUUACGUACCGUUAAAUGUUAAACACAAACUUUAUAAAAGUAUGGUUCUAGAAGUAAUUUACAAUGUGAGUAUUAGUAAACAUAUGUAUGUUACAUAAAGGCCUCUGGAUAGCUAAUACCAUAGCGCAUAAUAAUUGAUACAAGACAGUACAUUCAAUCAGAUCAAAUGAGAUCACUAUAGUAUGACAAUAUAUCUUUUUUAAUCCUACAAUUAAAUAAUCAACUAUAUCUACAUUCUAAAUGAUAUAUUUUACUCAGCAUUACACCUGCUUACUUAA